GUGGCAACACCGGCAAUGAGAGUGAAUAUUUGGCUGCGCAAAGGCGUAAUAAACAUAAAUAAAUUGUUAAACCGCUUAUAAAUAUGGAUCUCAACAUGAAACCUUCUUUGGCUGCUGACGAAAUGUUCUCCGAAGGCCCCGGCUACAUGGAAAUGGACGAGUCCGGCGGAGCCACAGGAAUGAUGAUGGACCACCUACCCUCCAAUGAUAAGCACGUCCACGCGGACUUUUAUAAUGAUUUUGAUGAUCUAUUCGACGAUGACAACUGGGCCAAGAUUAAAUCCGAUUCCAAGCAGUAGACUCACACAGGAUUGACCAUAAUGUAAUCAGCGAAUUGAAAGAUCAGUGUCUGCAAUUAGUUCUUUGUCUGUAAUUUUACUUGCACGAUCAUCGGUGUAUAAAAAAUUGGUUCAACUAUUGUUUAAUCGCUAUAAUAUUAUAUUCAUUUGGUUCGUAUAACUAACGUAAAUUGCCAUGUGAAGAUAGUGCCGAGGUGGAUUUGAACUUUGGCGUGGCGUAAAAUCAACAAAAUGCAUAAUUUUGUACAGAAAACGAAACUAGUAACUAAAAUUUACGAUAUCGAACUGAGUUGCAGGUGGAAUGAAGCAAACGUAAUCAUGAUAAAUACAAAUGUACACAAUAACCUA